UUUCGAAAGUUUCUCGGACCGUUGCCAUCUCGAAGCCAACCCUUCCCGCCAUGCUGCAACGGCUCUCCACCGCCCCAUCCCCAACCAAAACCCUUCGUUUCAGCUCGCACCACCCUCUCCUCUCCCUCCUGAACUCGUGCAAAACCCUGGACCAAAUCAAGCAAGCCCACGCCAAGAUGAUCGCCGCCGGCCUCUUCCUCCACCCCUUCCCACCCAGCAAGCUCCUCGAGCUCCUGCUCUCCCCUUCCCCUCCCCUCCUCCCCUACGCCGACCUCGUCUUCCGCCACUCCCCUUCCCCUCCUCUCUUCUCUUACAACACCCUCAUCAAGGCCCAUUCCUCGCCCGCCUCCCUCCUCCUCUUCCGCUCCCUGCUUCGUGACCCUUCGGCUCCGCUUCCCAACCAGUACACCUUCGCGUUUGUCCUGGCUGCGUGCGGGCCGGAAGGAUUCGGGCUCGUGGAGGGGGAGCAGGUGAGGGGCCAAUUGAUCCGGCGUGGGUUCGAGGCCAAUGUGUUUGUUUCGAACGUGGUGAUUCGGAUGUAUGGGAGUUGGGGGCUGUUGGAUGAUGCGAGGAAGGUGUUUGAUGAAAGUUCUGAGAGGGAUCUGGUCUCGUGGAAUUCGUUGAUCGGUGGAUAUGCAGGGGCUGGUGAUGUAGAUCGUGCCAAGGAAUUGUUUGAUGAGAUGCCAGAAAGGGAUGUUGUUUCCUGGAGUACGGUUAUUGCAGGCUACGUGCAGGUGGGAUGCUUUGUUGAGGCAAUGGAACUCUUCCGUGAGAUGCAGCUUGCAGGAGCUACACCUAAUGAGUUCACGCUCACAACUGUUCUUGCAGCCUGUGCUAAUCUGGUGGCUUUGGAUCAAGGAAGAUGGAUUCACAUCUAUAUUAACAAAGCUAGGAUCAAGAUGAAUGAUAGAUUGCUUGCUGGUCUCAUUGAUAUGUAUGCCAAGUGUGGAGAGGUAGAAUCUGCAUGGAAAUUAUUCAAUGAUCAAACUAAUACAAAACGAACUGUUCGGCCUUGGAAUGCUAUGCUUAGUGGCUUUGCUAUUCAUGGCAGAUCUGAUGAAGCAGUCAAACUCUUUGAAAGGAUGAAGAAAAUAAAUGUUCUUCCUGAUAAAGUAACUUUUGUAUCCUUGCUUAAUGCUUGUAGCCAUGGAAGAUUAGUGCACCAGGGGAGAUUAUAUCUCAGUUCAAUGAAGAGUGUCCAUGGCAUAGAUCCAGAAAUUGAGCAUUAUGGAUGUAUGGUGGAUCUUCUUGGCCGUGCUGGGCUCUUGAAAGAGGCAGAAGAGAUGAUAUCAACUAUGCCUAUGGCUCCAGAUACUGUCAUAUGGGGUGCAUUACUGGGUGCUUGUUGCAUACAUGGAGACAUAGAGAUGGGAAAGAGGAUAGGGAAACUCAUUAGUGAAGUGGAGCCGAAACAUGUUGGCUGUCAUGUUCUAUUAGCAAAUAUUUAUUCUGGAUCUAGGAGAUGGAAUGAUGCAAGGGAUGUGAGGAAGCACCUUGAAAUUGCCAAUGGGAGAAAGACACCAGGUUGCAGUUCCAUCGAACUAAACGGGAUGUUCUAUCAAUUUCUUGUGGGAGAUCGAUCCCAUCCACAGACAAAGCAGAUCUACUCAUUCUUGGAUGAGAUGGCUAUCAAACUAAAGAUCGCAGGCUAUACCCCAGAAGUUGGAGAAGUGCUGCUUGAUAUUGAUGAAGAAGACAGGGAGACUGCUCUAUCAAGACACAGUGAGAAACUAGCCAUUGCUUUUGGGCUGAUGAAUACUAGUUCAGGAACCCCAAUCCGAAUUGUGAAAAAUUUGCGGGUCUGUAGGGACUGCCACCAUGCUACAAAGUUCAUCUCCAAGGUUUAUGACCGGGAGAUUAUAGUUCGGGAUAGGAUUCGGUUUCACCACUUCAAAGAUGGAUACUGUUCUUGCAAGGAUUAUUGGUAGAAGGCCUCAGUAGGAGAAUGGAGUUGCAGUUGACAACUCAGCUUGCUUCAUCAUUUUAACAUGAGAAACUUGGUUGAAGUUUUUUCACGUCAAAGUUGGAUGCUGUUCCUGCAAUGAUUAUUGGUAGAAGGCCACAGCAGGAGAAUGUAGGAGUUACAGUUGACAACUCAGCUUGCUUAAUCAACAUCUUAACAUGAUGAACUUGAUUGAAGUUUUUCCUGAUUUUUUAUUUUUUUUAGCAAAAGUCAUAUCUAUUCUCUCUUUUUUUUUCCCACCAAUUGUUUGAGAAUUGUAAAAGAUAGCCAUUCUUUUGUUAAUUAUUUAUGCAAAGGAAUCAUAUUUAUAGAAUGACAUGCUCCUAAACCGAAAGGUCUUGUAAACAUCAGUUGAUCCGCACUGGAAACAUUUAAAGCUCAUUGUGUAAAGGCACUAAUUUACAUUAGACAUGAUAGUAGUGCACUCCAUGUAUGAAUCACGGAAUUUAUUUGAUCAA